AUAUUUAUGGCAUAUAUUGCACUUACCAGAGAUUAAAAUGUAGCAUUUCUUUAUAUUUAUGGAGAGCUAAGAUGCUGUGAGCUAAAUGGGGGACUUUUAAAGAACAAGCACGCAAGGAAGGUACAUAAGUUCCCAUUUUUAUACCAGGCCAAGGGAUGCAUGAAAUCCCAAGUUUUGUAUAUGAUAUUAGACUAUGGUUUGACCGUUCUAUUGGGAAAGAAGAGGGAUCUGUUGUUUUAUAUAUGGAAAAGCAAGGAAUCUGCUUAGUGUGUUAUUUGUGCAUAAUUGCAUCGCUGUUGGUAUCCAACGAAUGGUCGAGAUUUUUAACUGUGUUUGGGGAGACCAAUUGCAAAGAUAUCUGUCUUUGUAGUAACAACUUAAUUCCUUGUAUUUCUGAUUAAUCUUUUGCAGGUUUUUGCAAUGCCCGAAACUGCUUUGGGACUUUUUCCGGAUGUAGGUGCCUCUUAUUACUUGUCCAGACUUCCUGGAUUCUUUGGAGAAUAUGUUGGUCUUACAGGUACCAGAUUGGAUGGUGCUGAAAUGCUUGCUUGUGGUCUUGCCACACAUUUUGUUCCAUCAAUAAGAUUGUCUUUGUUAGAAGAAGCUUUAAACAAAGUUGAUUCAAGUGAUUUUGCCAAUAUUCAAGCAAUUAUAGAUAAAUACUCGCAGAGUCCAGCUCUGAAAAAGAAAAGUGCUUAUUUCCGGAUGGACGUUAUAGACAAAUGCUUUUCUAGAAGAACUGUAGAAGAAAUUAUAUCUGCACUUGAUGAGGAGGCUAACAACAGGGCAGAUGAUUGGUUAACUUCAACAGUUCAAGCGCUAACGAAGGCAUCACCAAUGAGUCUGAAGAUUUCUUUGAGAUCAAUUAGAGAAGGAAGGCUUCAGGGAGUUGGUCAGUGCCUUGUUCGUGAAUAUAGAAUGGUUUCGCAUGUGGUGAAAGGAGAAGUCAGCAAGGACUUCAGAGAGGGUUGCAGAGCUUUAUUGUUGGACAAGGACAAGAACCCAAAGUGGGAGCCUUCUAAAUUGGAGCUCGUCACUGACCAUAUGGUCGAGCGGUACUUCUCUAAGUUGGACGAUGAAGGAUGGGAAGAUUUAAAGCUCCCUGCAAGAUCAAACUUGCCUGUAACUGCCAUUGCCAAGCUUUAAGUACUACGCAUUUCUACCUGCUCAAACUUGUAACUUGUCGAGGCCAUUUGGUUGAAGUUCUUACUUCAGCAGGUACAUAUAUUAUCACUGCUCAAGUUCUUGGUAAUAAAACCGAAUGGCUCGGUACUAGGCAUAUCUUGUGUCUGCCAAAUAAAAUAAAUCUGUAUACGCAUGGUUAAAGCCUAUAGACAUAAAUUUGCACAAUGUAUCAAGCGAAGCGUUGAUUUGUCGAUAUUAAUGUUGUUCUUAUAUUGUC